AUGAGUGAUACCCAGGUUGGCCUAGGAGCCUGUCUGGUCUCGGUGUUAUGUUUCGGGUCGAUGUUUGUGGCCAUUCGCAAAUUCCAGCCGGGUGAUGGCUUCUUUGUCCAAUGGGUACUAUGCUCGGGUAUCUUCUGUGUGGGCGCCAUUGUUCAUUUAAUCCGAGAAUGCCCUCAAUUCCAACCGUUCGCGAUGAUAGGGGGAGUGUUAUGGGCCAGUGGUAAGUGUUUGAUAUUACUCAUGACUCCGACCUUAUUUGAGUUCGUAAUUUUGUCCAUAAAUUGUAUUUUAGGUAAUCUAACGGCGGUUCCCAUCAUCAACGCCGUAGGACUCGGUCUGGGUGUCCUGAUUUGGGGAGUGGUAAACUGUGCGGUUGGUUGGGCCAUCGGAAGAUUCGGACUUUUUGGAACACAUGCUUCAAUCCCGGCUUAUGAAGCCGUCAAUUACUUCGGACUCUUUCUUGUUAUUCUGGGGUAAGUAGAGACUUUGAACUACUGAAUUGAUCCCAUUACACUAAAUACAAAGAUUGUUUUUAGAGGAGUUCUAUUUGCACAAGUAAAGUCAUCAAAUCAAGAAGGAGAGGGUCCAGAGGAAACGAUAGAAUCGAAUACUCGAGGCUACCGAGAAGUCUCUCCUCCGUCGCCAGGCCCCCAAGACGAAGAGGCAGCCGGCUUGGUGGAAACAAACCCGGGAGAUCAGCCCGUUCUGUUAUCACCGCCACCCAGGAUAAGCAAGGCGAAGAUUGUGUAAGCUUUGGGAUUAAAUAGUUACUGUAUCCAAUUUGUCUUGAUCGCUCUUGGCCCUGCAUCUGACUCUUUUCCUUUCAGAGGUUGCGUUCUCUCAAUUUUUGCGGGGAUUUGCUACGGAUCCACGUUCACUCCAGUUAUUUACAUCCAAGAUAACCCGGAUAAGUUCAUCAACCCCUCCAAGGACGCCAUCGACUAUGUCUUUCCUCAUUUCACCGGGAUCUACUUAACCUCGACCUUUGCCUUCUUGAUCUACACCUUGAUCAAGCAUAAUCAGCCAUUCAUUGACCCUCGCAUUUGCUUGGCCGCUUUCUUUGGCGGAAUUCUUUGGGCCUUGGCCAUGUUGGCUUGGUUCGUGGCCAACGAUAGACUCUCUCAAGGAGUCACCUAUCCCAUCAAUGGCAUGGUACCGGGAGUGGUGGCCACAUUGUAUUCGGUAUUCUAUUUUCGAGAGAUCAAAGGGAAACGGAACUUCCAGAUAUUAGUCGCAGCUAUUGCGAUUACAUUGACUGGGGCUGCAAUGGUCGGGUUGUCCAAAAAUGGAAUUUAA